UCCAGUAGGCGGCGGAACAGCACCACUGCUUGGUUUGCCAACCACCAUUAAACUCAAAAGAAGAAGAAAAACAAAAAGAAGCAGGUUGCUAACCGCCAAAACACGAAAAGAAGAAAAAUCAGUAACUAUAUUGCCUUUUCAUCACGAUGCCCCGCCGCGCGCGCAAGGAAGCUGGCCAGACCAACCUGGACAGUGAUGAAGAGUUCACCCUUUCCUCGGAAGAAGAAGAAGGAGAAUACGACGAUGAACGCUUGCAUUUUGAGGAACGAUUUGAUCCAGCCGAGGAUACAAUUUCGGACGAGAAAGUGGUGCCUUCACGUGCACCUCACACAAGGACGGCACACAAACCUACGUUAGUUUUCAACGCGGUCGAGAAUCUUAACGAAUGCGAUGAUGACAAAACACCUUCCAAAAGAAAGAAAUACCUUUCAAAGAAGCUCAAGAUUAUUUCAUGGAAAGCAGAGACUGAUGUUGACCGGGUUCCACAGACUCUGAGAUUCCUGCCUACACGGGAACCUGGACCACAGUUGUCUACUGCUGACUCGCACUCUCCCAUGAAUCUUUUCAAAUUGUUUUUCACAGAGAGUGCUGUGGCAAAUCUGUGCCACAGCACAAAUGCUCAGGCUGCCAAGUCAAUUGCAAAAGGCCGCAAGUACAAAUGGACAGAUGUCAGUGUUGAUGAGCUUUACAGCUACAUCGGACUCAUUUUCUACAUGGCCGCGGUGAAGAUGAGCUCCAUCGCUGACUACUGGCGUCAGGACACUAUUUUCUCUGUGCCGUUUCCUGCCACGGUUAUGUCAAGGGACAGAUAUCGCACCAUUUCAUGGAAUGUACACAUGAGUCACCCAGACGCAGACAAGGAAAACGACAAAAAGAGAGGCACAGCUGAAUAUGACCAUCUUUUCAGGGUCAAACCCCUCAUGAACACUAUCUGUCUUGCGUGCAAAGCCUUCUAUCAUCCUAGAAAAAAUUUAGUUGUAAAUGAAAGAUUGGUGGCAUGCAGAGCAAAUACAGAAAAGACACAGCACUCAAAAACCAAGAUGACAAAGUUGGGCUUUAAGUUUUUUGUCCUUUCAGACUCAUCAAAUGGGUAUACUGUAGACUUUUCCAUCUACACGGGCAAAAAUAGUUUUCCUGCAGACUGUGGGCUUUCAUAUGAUGCUGUGAUGUCUCUCCUGGACCGUAAAGUUUUAGGCUCUGGGUACAAUUUGUACAUGGAUGAUUUCUACACAAGUCCAAAGCUCUUUACAGACUUGUUCGCUAAGAAGUUUGGUGCUUGUGGGAUUUACCGAGACCACAGGAAGGACUUCCCGAAGACUGCAGCUAAUUCACUGACCAAAGACUCCACCAUGGGGUCCAUCAGGUGGAUUCGGAAUGGUCCCCUUCUGUGUGUGAAGUGGAUGGACACGCAAGAGGUGUCUGUUUGUUCCACCAUCCAUGCUGCCUAUACAGGAGACCGAGUGAAAAGGAAAGCCAAAUUACAGGAUAGAUGGAAGACAAAGAUUUUAACAUGUCCUGCACCUGUGUCUGCAUAUAACCACCACGUGGGGGGUGUUGACCUGUCUGAUCAGCUGUUGCAAUUCUACACCAUACAGCACAAAGCCAUGAAGUGGUACAGAAAAGUCUUUCUACACUUCUUAGACAUUGCUGCCACUAAUGCUUUCAUAUUGCACAAAGAGCUGCUUGGCAGCAUGACUCGCAAAGAGUUCAUGGAAGAGCUUAUUGCAGAGCUCUGUGGCGUGUCGCAGAAAGCAGAACCAAAACAGACCAGCACAGACCAUGUGCCGGUUGCAGGGGCUGAGCUGAUUUCAGAUGUCAGAAAAAUCGCUACUGUUGGUCGCCGAAUUGUGUACAUUGCAAGACAGUGCAUGCUAAGAAGCAACAAACACCUUGGAAAUGCCAGGCUUGUAAUGUUCACUUGUGUCUUCAGUUGAACAGAAACUGUUUCCAGGAAUGGCACAAAGGCGUGUUCAAAUCUGGGAGCUCAUAAAUGGAUUGAACGUGCCGGUUUUUCCUCCUCUUUCCAUUAUAAAGCAGCUAAAAUAAAAGAUGUUAGAAGAGUCAUUUCCAUAUUGGCAGACCCAUUAGGAUGCUGGUCAUUAUCUUUAAUAAUAAAUGUGGAACAUAGAGACAUAUCUCCUUGUCACCUUGACCAUCAGGACAAGACCAUCGGAACCAAAUGAUCAAAUUUGGCUGAACUCUCCAAUUUGCCUGUUUAAAGUCGUGCAGUAAUGUCUGCAGUGCGACACAAAGAUGCCCCUGUGUUGCAGAUGAGGUUAGAGAGUCUUAAAAGGCUUCUGCAGCCAUUAAUUUGUGCCGAAGAAGGAUGACAGGCUCUGCCCCAUUCUAGAUCCGAGAUGGCUGAACCAUGUUCUGGCAAAUUGCCCGUUCCGGAUGAUCGCUCAGAAACGGAUCAUACGUCUGAAUUAAAGACUGGUUUAUUUCAGCGGACUUGAAAGAUUCACAUUUUCAAUCCCAAAAAGACGUUCUCACAAUGUUUUGGGGUUCACUUUCAAAGGAAUUUCAUACUAAUUUACUGUCCUUUUGGGCUGUCCUUAGCCCUAUGUACAUUUAUAAAAUAUGUAGAUGUGGUGCCCUCCUGAGGAUUGGUGGAUUCUGGCUUUAUUUUGGCACAAACCCUUCCCCCCUCAUUUGAGAGGACUCUUGGUCUGUUGGAAGGGUCACUGAGAUUUUUGCAUGUGUCCACUUAUUAGGGAGGUGUAGAAAUGAAACACGAGUCCAGUACAAAGAGAGUCAAGAUUCUAGAUCUUGUGUUACAGUCAAAUCAGUUCAGUCUGAUCUUUCACAAAAUUAAAUGGCACAAACAGGAAACGCCUGCCACAAGAAGAAAGCAGUUGAGUGCACCAAACACAAUAUCGGGGGAAUUCCCUUGAGAGGGCAAUGCAUCAACCUGUUUAACUGGGUGAUAGUUCACUGGGGGAGAAAAUGAAGCAUCAUCUGGAAUAAGAGAACUCAAACUCUCCUCAUCGUAGUGGUCGUUUGUAGUGUUUAGAAGUCUUAUUCAUUCAUAAAUCUUAUUCAUAAAUCUUAUUCAUUCUUUUGUAAAUUUUAAAUUGGUGACCGUUUUAACUUCUUAACUUUUUAAUUAUAUGUGUGAACUAUUAUCCUGAAUUGAGUAUAUAAGUGUUGUGAAUUUAUGCAAUAAUUUAGACAAACCAUCUUGACUGUUUGUCGAUGCCUGCACAUGUGAAUGUUUCACUGUGUUUAUUCCUAAAUUUCAUGUAGUGUGAAAUCAUCUAUAGUUGACUGUAACAUUUCAUGUAUUCUGAACUUGACAAUAAAAGGCAUCAAUGGA